AGUAAAAAAGAAAUGGAGCCGGCCCAGCCCAGUCCCCUUCCUGCGCCGCAGCAACAGACCGCGACCGCGACUUCCAGCGUCGCGCCGCCCCUCCCUCACGACUUCUCCGCGCGGCACCCUGCCCAGCGCUGCUGCUGCGCGCGCGUGUCCCCUGCCGUCGGGAUCGCCCGUCCCUGCUCGGCGUCGCCCGGCCUCUGGCCUCGUCCUCGUCGCCCCUCCCCGUCCCGUCGUCCUCGCGUGGUUCGCCCCUGCGGUCGCCCUGCUGCUGUUCAUCCCGGUCAGCAAUGUCUCGGCCUCCGACCCCGUCCACUACAGCGCCCAACUCAGCUGCGCCCGACAGCGACACAGCCAAGUGCUUCCUUUCCCGCUGGUUCCCUUUUUGCAAGAACAUGGACGUCCUUUUCAAGUAUGGGUCGCAAGAGGAUUUGCCGUGAUGGUGAUGAUGCUGCUUCUCCACCUCCUCCCAAGCGUGGGAAGGUGUCAGUUGCAGAGCCUUCGCGCAACAGGCGCAAGGUGCCAGCAGCUCGUGGCAAGGCUCCUGUCCGCAAGUAUGCUCCUGAUUUGGAUUUGCCCAAUGAGGAUGUUGAGUUGGUUCCUGUGACCGAUCGUUUAUACACCCAUGAGGGCACUAGGUCCUGCAAUAUGUUUUUUCAUCCACCUAAACCUAAGGACUACAUGAGAAAUCAUGGACAAGUGUUUGAUCAGAGGUUUAUCAAUCCUGAUGAAGUUGAUGUUGUUGAGAAACUUGAUCCUCGGUUUGUGACUCCUUUUCAGUUGGACUACUAUAACUCUGCUAUUCUACCUAAGCUUCAGCCGGUAGUGAAGCAGAAGUACAUUGAUUGGGAUCAUUGUCUCAAACUUGAUGAUCCGGUCAUGACCAAGUCACUUGCUAUUUUGGAGAGGCACAACUUCAAGAAUAUCAUGACUAUGCAAUAUCCAUGGAACAAUGAAGUUAUUGCUCAGUUCUUUGCUACAGUUUGGUAUGAGGAUCCUACAGUUACGAGACAUGGCAUAGUGCACUUCUCCACGCAGGAUCAGCGCUAUCUUGUCUCUUAUCCUAGGUUUGCCCAAAUUCUUGGAUUUGAUGAUGAUGACUUUGACAAGCCUUGGCUUGAUUGCACACCUCACCUUAAAAAUGAUAUCUCUUUUGCCUACUAUGAGGGUGCCACUAUGAAAGAAUUUUAUACCACCAAGAAAAUGAAAAAGCUUUAUCGCUACAUUAAUUUGUUGGUGAGGAAAACUUUGAUCCCUAAGAUUGGUGGUGCUUCAGAAAUUUUGUCUUCCGUGGGUCCUUUCUUGGCUGCUCUCAGUGAGGAUAAGGAUGGCUCAUUCAGUGCUUUUGGCUUCAUUCUUAACCAGAUUCAGCUGACCUCGUGGGACUCUAAAAGGUCUUGCUCUCAUGCUCCAUAUAUCAUGAAGAUGAUUGAGAUAGUCACUAAGAAGCAGUUCAUCAAAGAGAUCUGCCAUGAAUCAUACAAGCCUGUGAGGAUAGAUACGUCGGCACCGAGGAGAGGCCGCAAACCACGACAGCCUCCACCUCAGUCCGAGCCUUUGCUUUCUCCUGAGGCCACCACUAGUGCAGGUGUAGCAGCUUGUCCUCCUCAGGCCAACCCGGGUUUAGUCAUGAGGGCUCUUCGGUCUGUGUUUGGGAUGUGCAUGGACAUCAACGAGGCAAACAAAGAGCACCAACGCCUCGUCCAGGAGGAGCUCCACCGUGCUGAGGUUCAGCACAAGGUGAUAGCAGAGGAGGCAGGUGUGCCCUUGUCCCCAGUUCGCCUUCUUCCUCCAGCUCCUCCGCAGCCCGCUUGGUUCCACCCGCAGUUUCAGCAGUCUUCUGCGCAGCCCCAGUCCUUUGCGCAGUCCGAGCAGCCAAAGUCCUCGUCUCAUGCACAACAGGGUGUAGGUGCUAGCCCGUCCUCUGGAUGGGUGCGGCUACAUAUGAAUUAGCGAGUUAUUUCUUCGACCCUGCCUUCGACACUCUCUACCCAGCCACCGACACUUCGAACUUUGGCGGCCAUGAGACCGGUGAGACCCAGGAGGAAGAUGACAUCGACAACGACAAGUGAGGCAUGUUCUUCCAUGCCAUCUUUCUUUUUGGUGUUUGGUGCCAAAGGGGGAGUGAUCGUCCCAUUUAUCUAUGAUUAACUAUGUAUGGACCGUGGACUUGUUUCAUGAUCAUUAUCUCUAGUUGGACUUCUAUUUAUAUUAUGGGCUUGUAAGACUAUUGUGUUGAACCAUGUGUGAUUGUUAGUUGGAACUUAAUGGUUGUAAGGAUUUUACUAUGUUAGUGCACUUAUUGGAUAUCA